AUGCCAGGUUUCGAGGUAAGCCCUAAACCAGGAUCGCGAUGGACGCUCGUGUUCGACGGUGCUUCUAUUGCUCGAGGCCAUGGUAUAGGUGUGGUUAUCACUUCUCCAACUGGCUUCCACCUUUCGUUUACCGCUAGAUUGUGUUUCGGCUGCACCAAUGACAUGGCAGAAUAUGAAGCAUGUAUCUAUGGUUUAGAGGCGACAAUCGACUUGAGGAUCAAUAUUCUUGAGGUAUUCAAUGAUUCAGCUCUGGUAAUCAGUCAGGUGAAAGGCGAUUGGGAGACUCGGAAUAACAAGUUGAUACCUUAUAAAGAGCAUAUUAGAAAGCUGAUACCCUAUUUUGAUAAAAUCUCUUUUCAUCAUAUUUCUAGGGAGGAAAAUCAGUUAGCAAAUGCUCUAGCCACAUUGGCAUCUAUGUUCAAAGUCAAAUGGAAGAAUGAAGCACCAUCCAUCCAGAUUGACCACUUAGAUGAACUAGCAUAUUGUCUAGCAAUCGAGGCCGAUCCUGAUGAUAAGCCUUGGUUCCAUGACAUAAAGACAUUUAUGGAGAAACGACAAUAUCCCGAGGGUAUAUCCAUUACCGAUAAGAAAGCUCUGAGAAGACUCUUCCAAGUUCUUCCUAAACAAUGA